CGUCCCGCCCGCCCCGUUCGAAAGAGGAAGCUGAUGCAGCUCCGCCCCGAGCCGGGCACAACGCGGCGGCAGCCAGGCCGGGGUGCUGAGCUCGGGGCUGUGGGAGCACCCCGCAGACACAGCAGCGAUGGAGAAGGACCCCGGCUGCCACCAGGAUGUGGCCAAAACAGCGGGUGAGAUGCUGGGCCCUGAGGCACAGCUGGACGACAUGGUGGGAGCGCACACGGACUACAAUGAGGAGGAGGAGGAACAGAAAUAUUUCCGCCGCAAGCGUCUCGGCGUGGUGAAGAAUGUGCUGGCUGCCAGCUUGGCCGCCAUGCUCACCUACAGCGUCUACCUGGGCCUGCUGCAGAUGCAGCUCAUCCUGCACUAUGACGAGACCUACCGGGAGGUGAAGUACAGCAACAUGGAGCUGGAGGACAUCGACCGCAAGGUGCUGAUGGGCAUCAAUGUCACCCCCGUGGUGGCACUGCUCUACACGCCUGUCCUCAUCCGGUUCUUCGGCACUAAGUGGACCAUGUUCCUGGCCGUGGGCAUCUAUGCCCUCUUUGUCUCCAGCAACUACUGGGAGCGCUACUUCACACUAGUGCCCUCUGCUGUGGCUAUCGGGGUGGCCAUCGUGCCGCUCUGGGCCUCCUUGGGCAACUACAUUACGCGGAUGGCACAGAAGUACUACGAGUAUGCCAACUACAAGGAGGAGCACGUGCAGGAGCAGCGGCAAGCACCACGUGGAGCCUGCAGUGCCUACAUUGUCGUCUUCCAGACCAUCUUCUACAUCUGCUUCCACCUGAGCUUCAUCUGCGCGCAGAUGCCCAUGCUCUUCUUCCUCAACAAUUACAUCUACCAGCUCAACCACACACUCUACGGGGUGAAGCGCUGUGGUACCUUGAGCCAUGGCACGCUGACUGGCUUCAAUAAGACGGUGCUGCACAGUCUGCCUCGCAGUGUCAACCUCAUCGUGGUGGAGAGCGUCCUGAUGGCAGCUGCCUUUCUUGCCAUGCUGGUGGUCCUGCUGCUCUGCGGCUCGGCGUAUCGGACCACUGAGGAGAUUGAUCUGCGCAGCAUAGGCUGGGGGAACAUAUUUCAGCUGCCCUUCAAGCACAUGCGGGACUAUCGCCUCCGCCACCUCCUUCCUUUCUUCAUCUACAGUGGCUUUGAGGUGCUCUUCGUCUGCAAUGACUUCUCCCUGAACUAUGGCGUGUGCACCCUGGGGCUGGAGAAGCUGGCAUACCUCCUCAUCGCCUACGGCUUCUCCGCCUCCACCUGCUCCAGCUUUGCCCUCUGCAUGCUGCGCCUGCAGCGUCAGUACCCACUGCUGGCAGGAGCCUUGCUCCACGCUUCUAUCCUGGUGACACUCUUCUGCUGGGCACCUAUGCCCCGACAAGUGGAGCAGGCACCUCUGCUUUACACCAUAGCCGCACUCUGGGGAAUGGGCAGUGCCCUCAACAAGACUGGCAUUAGCAUCCUCCUCGGCAUGCUGUAUGAAGACAAAGAGCGCCAAGACUUCGUCUUCACCAUCUACCACUGGUGGCAGGCGCUGGCCAUCUUCGCUGUGUACCUGUGGUCAGGGCUGCCCAUGAAGGCCAAGCUGUCUCUCAUGCUGUUGGCGCUGGGGCUGGCAGCAGGUUCUUAUGGCUGGAUGGAGCGCCGGCUGGCACAGCGCGUGGCCUUCCGCCUGCCCCGCAUGCCACGUCCACGCCACAGGGCCAGCGGAUACCGCUACUUGGAGGACAAUGACUCUGACGAAACCAACUCAGAGGGUGAAGGGACGAGCCGUGACAACAGCCAUCCACCAGCGGAGGAGGACGAGACGCCGAGAGAUGACAAGGAGCAGAGAAAUUAAGCAGCAGGCCCACGGGCCUCACUCUGGCAGCCCCACAGGCCUCCCCACACAGCACUAUAGGCUGCACCCCUCUGGGGCUUGAGGCCCCCCGGAGCCGACCCCGAGCACUGUGCUGCGCUUCCCGCUAAUGUCCGACUCAAUAAAGGGUUCACCCGAUUACCA